GGGUAUUUUCUUGGACAUCCUUUAGUUGGAAGCAGACGCCUUGAACUAUCGGGUGUGGAAAUAAUAUAAUGAUGUUUUUGUUGGAUAACCGGGGCAUUAUAUUUCUGCUUGUUUGUUUUUGUGCUGGUUUCAGUCAGUUCAUCAAAAGGCCGAUUAGUUCCGGUUUUUAUCCCUGUCAUUUAAGAAAGUGUGGACAGGGUGAAGAAUGUAGGUUAAAGGAAAGUAAUUGUACAGUUCCACCGUGUUCCCUUUCUACCAGGUGUAUAACAGUGCAAGAUGGAACGUUUCAAUGCCCUGUCGGUAAACCGAUUUUAAACAGAAAUGGCACAGAUCAAGUUUGUACAUCGUCACGUGAUUGUUAUAAACAUUCACGAUGCGUGGUAAAAAGAACAGAAGGCCACAAUGAAACCCGUUGUUGUUGGCGAGGCUCGCGACUUCCCCAUAAAAAACUCUCAGAAAUUACGACGAGGAUAUUACGUAGAUUAAUUCUUCACGAUAGCCCCAAUGACCAGUUUAUUUUAAAUAAUUCAAAUCCUGACAUGAUCAAAUUUGAUAUUGUUUCUCAUCGUAUAAUCAAUCAAGAAGGUAGCUUGGCAACGGGUUCCACAAAUACGACCAGUGUCAUAAAAAAUCCUUAUAUAGAUACUCCUGCUAUCAUUGAUCAGGGUACGAAUAAUCCUGCUAUCAUUGAUCAGAGUACGGAUAGUCCUGCUAAAAUUAAUCAGGGUGUAGAUAAUCUUGCUAUUAUUGAUCAGGGUACGGAUAGUCCCGCUAUAAUUAAUCAGGGUGCGGAUAAUCUGGGUACGGAAAAUCCUGCUAUCAUUGAUCCGGGUACGGAUAAUCUGGGUACGGAUAAUCCGGCUAUCAUAGCUCACGGUACGGAUAAUCCUGCUCUAAUUAAUACGGGUACGGAUAUUCCGAGUAUAAAUAACUUAGGUACGGAAAGUUCGAGUAUAAAUAUUCUGGGUACGGAUAAUCCUAGUAUAAAUAAUCUUGAUACGAAUAGUCCUACAGUAAAUAAUCAGGGUACGGAUAGUCCUCGUAAAAAUAACCCACGUAACGGUACCCCUAGUAUAAUUAAUCCGGCUACAGAUAAUCCUGCUAGAUAUAAUCCGGGUACGGACAGUCCUGCUAACCCUGGUACAGCAGGUCCUGGCAAUCUUGGUUCGAGCUAUCCUGGUGUGGUCAAUCCUCGGUUAUAUUUUCGUCAUCCAAUUCAUCGAAAUUGUACGCAUGGCUGGCACCAUUUCCGUUUUAUUCAUUCUGAUUCUACUACAAGUCAUCCUCGCCUAAGUAAUGUUGGCGAUUCUGAUUCUACUACAAACCAUCCUCGCAUGUUGGUUGGCGAUUCUGAUUCCUCCACAAGCCAUCCUCGCCUGAGUAAUGUUGGCGCUUCUGAUUCCACCACAAGCCACCCUCGCCUGAGUAAUGUUGGCGAGUCUGAUUCCACUACAAGCUAUCCUCGCUUGAGUGAUGUUGGCGAUUCAGAUUCCACCACAAGUCAUCCUCGCAUGCUGGUUGGAGAUUCUGAUUCUACUACAAGUCAUCCUCGCAUCAUAAACGUUGUUUCAAAUAUACUCUACACGAGUAAUCUGAACAUUGAUGCUUCUGGUUUGGGUAAUACUGCAACGCAUGCUCCAUUAGUAACUAACGCUGGCUCUAGUAAUUCACAAUUUAGUAGGAGUACCUUACAGCUAAGUCCUCGUAACAAACGCGAUGUAAGCUCCCAAUUAUUAGGAACUGCAAAUCCUCACCUUACCCAUCGGCAUACACACAAGCCAUUAUUAGGCACGACGGAUCCCAACUAUCUUAACAAUUUCGACGGGGGGGAAGCCUUGUUAGGAACCGCCAAUCCCAGUUAUAUUUAUGAUUUGGGAACACCGGAUUAUGGAACAGCCGUUCCCUUAUUAGGUGGUACUGGUACCGAUACCGUUUUUUUAUUUAGUACACAAAAUUUUAGAAAUCCGGAUGAGAACAAACCAGGUACCACUAUUUCAUUACCAGAUACGUCAAAUUCAAGUAAUCUUAUAAAUGCAGAUCUUAGUAAUGUCGAUGCUAGUAAUCUUAAAUCAACAAGUAAAAAUCCCAAUGGUAAUAACCCAGGUACGACUAUUUCGUUAUUAGAUACAUCAAAUUCCAGUAAUCUUAGUAAUUCUAGUUAUCUUGAUUCAAGUGCUUAUUUACCAAACAACUCACAGCCAGAUAUUUUUGGUAAUCUUGGUGACGAUAACGUCGCGACAAAUAUUCCCUUAUUAGGCAUAACCAGCACAAGCUAUCUAUAUUACGAUACAAAUAUUCCAGCGCUGGCCAACUCUAAUCCUGAUUACGUCACCGGUACUCCUUUAGGAUUGUUGAAUACCCCCGAUCCGAAUAAUCGCCACACCAAUAUUCAGUUAUUAGGGGGUUCGGGGCCCACGGGUUCUCCAACAACAACGGAUUCAUUUAUAGGUUCUACUGAUAUCGGCGUUCCGGCUCCGGCCCCGGCUCCGGCCCCUGUUCCAUUUAGAUCCCGACGUCAGAGGAGACAAGAAUUGGAUUACAGAACCCUGAACUAUGACCUUAAUCCUAAUCCUGUUGGACCUCAUCUACCAAUGGUGGAGUCCCGCCCUGGUGGGGGUAUAGCUGGAGAAUAUGAACCCCAUGUUGAAGUUCCAAUGCAGAAACCUGGCCACUGUUCUCUGUCAAGAACUGGAAAAUGGAGUCCUCGGUGUAUGGACACGUGUUUUAAUGACGCCGACUGUCCUUACAGUCAGAAAUGUUGUCAUAAUGGGUGUGCUAGAAGUUGUCAAUUACCUCAUAUGUCACUCAGUCCUGAUAUUCCCGCCAAAAAAGCCGGCAGGUGCCCGAGUCUGGUUAUUAACGAUGGUGGUAAUAUUGAAUGUAAGGGAAGAAGAUGUUCCUUAGAUCGACAUUGUCCUGGUAAAACUAAAUGCUGUGCUUCUCUUAUUUGUGGUCGAACAUGUCAAUCGCCGAAUCCAGGUUCUCUCCUAUUAUAAUAUUUAUUGACAUUUGUCUAGAGAAGCUCCAUGACAUACCAUCCACGUGCAUUCUUGUCAUGCGCUGUGAAAAGUUGUCUUGUCUUGAUACUACACGGUGUAAAAACAGCCCGUCCUGGUAAUACGCGGUAUAGAACAGUCUUGUCCUGUUAAUACGCGGUAUAGGGCAGUCUUGUCCUAAUAUAAUCCGGGGCAGAUGGUAUUCUUUUAGGACACUUUAGAAAUGGUUUGUUUAAUUAAAACGGCUUUGUAAGAUAAUUUUAUGUACUUACUACCCUGUAUAUAGUUCUAUUGUCCAUAUACUACCAUCUUCGUAUUCCUUGGCUCGCGAAGAUGACAUACUACGCGUUACAUCUUCGUAAACCUUGGCUACGCGCUACAUGUUCGUAACCUAUUGGCUAGCGAAGAUGACACACUACGCGCUACAUUUUCAAUAAACAUUCAUUAUAUUCUCUAUCAAUCGGAUUAAAAUACAGAUCUAUAUUUCGUUUCGUUUGUUUAUACUUUCAAUGGCCUACACUACAUGAAGAUCUGACAAGUUGUACUGGAAGGUCGUAUCAGAGGUCAUACGAGCGGCUUUUGACCCUAUGGCGCCAGGCAUUGAUUAAUCAAUCAUCGUUGACGUUUCUAGUUGUUAGCACACAGAAGUCGCUUUAACAGACCGUUUCAUUGGCUAAACCCUCACUUCAAUCAGAACGCCGGUAAUAUAACAACUCUUCCAGAUCCUAGUGUAGUGAAAACAAGUAAAACGAAAUUUUGAACUAUAAAAAACGAAACGAAACAGGAUCUGUGUUUUAAUCAGGAUAAAUCUCUACUGGAGAAACAUAUCAAUUAUAAGUGUAUCUCAUGUUGUAUGCCAUACUUAACAUCUGUUGUAAAUAAAAUAAAUAUAUUUGUUA